AUGACUCACUGUCCACCACGUCGCUUGCUCUUGCAGUUCCGUCCACCCCAACGUCGAAAAAUGCGACUUCUUCCACCACUCAUCCUUCUCUUCUUUGGAUUCGGUUUUAUUUAUUUCCUGUUAGCUCUGAACACACCUUCUCAUCCAAUUCCCGCACUCCUUGCCGCAUAUAAAGUACGGUUUCCAGAUCUGGUUGAAGAAUGGGCAGACCGGGUGGCAGGGUUUGCCCUGGUCGAUGGCGGGCAAAGUAUGCACGUUGGAUGGAUGGGGCAUAAUAAAGAAAAAGGAGUGUUGCAACAGUAUACAGUACCACUGGCGCUUAAUGCGUCGCAAGUCGAAGCCAAGGCAAUGAGGGUUAGGGAGAUUAAUGGCACCGUGACCCAUAUUGCAUUUAAUCGACAAAUAAUGCCGGACGCUGGACUAGCUAUGAUAUACAGACACGUGGAUGGGGAACAUAUGAGUUAUCACAUGGAUAUGACAAUAUUAAAGUCGGAGGAUACUUCGAAGCUCGCUUGCGAGAAAACGAAAGAAGGAUGUGGUGAAAGCGAACUAUUUAGUCAUCAGUCUUGGGAGUUACCUGGCAAUCUGCCAUUGACGCGCGCAUCGCUCGGAUCAUUAGGAAAGCUGGUUGCCAGUAGGAGAUAUGACUCAAACAUGUUUCGGGUGUAUUUAUUUGGAACGGAUACCGAUGAGAGUGAGCGGUCGGAAGGGACUGGAAUUGGAGGGCCAUCGAUAGACCUUUCACUGGGAAGGCAAUUGCUCGCUAUGGAACUGUACAACCCCAUAGAACGUCACAUUAGCGUAUUCUCGGUAACCUUUCAGGAAGUAGAUGACUUCUACCGAGUGUCGAUGUCUAUUUUUACAUGGGUAGAUGGCAAAUGGGAACAGGAUGAGAUCUGGAAGCAAUCCUAUCUUCCUGUACAGCGAAGCGUGUAUUCUCCUGCAUUGGGGCACGAAGUCGUCGAAGCUGAGAACGUGGAUCAACUGUUCUGGCUCGGCACUCCGGUUGUUGCCGCAUCAUUGAAUUCAAAGAGCGUCGCAUGGGUUUUUCUUGGCCGUAUUUUUACACUAGACUACAUUGGUGAAGAAGCCAGUGGCAAAAGCCAUGGCUACCUGUUGGACGAUUCGAGAAUAGUAGACGAGAUCAGCCAUUCCAAUUUAAAGAUUCGAGGUGCAAACUUGAAUCAGGAUGGUUCCAUUCUGGCACUGGUUACGGAAGUGGACGACAUUAUCGUAUUCAAGCGUAACCCGUUGACCAGUGAACGAGAAGCAGAGUCCUCAGGAUGGUGGGAUGCUGAAUCAUUUUUUUCGAUACCCCACGAAGUCGCCUUCUUUUUCGAUGGGGCGCUAGAAUCUACUCCGAUGCGCGGCACGGCGCCCGCUGAGGAAAAAAGCAGCGGGAAAGGGCGAUGGGAGUUGCAUAAUGUUUGGCUGAAUAAUAUAGACGGUGGCGCCGCUGGACGGACUGUAAUUGCUUUUAGUCUGGUCGAUGCGGAGCAGCUACACUUGGAUGUGCCAACCAGUUCAGAGUCCGAACAGCAGUGUUACAUAGUUGUGCUAUACUCAAACAACGUCCUCAACAUUCUGGACCUGCAAAGACAAUUUGAAGGCUCACACGUCGGAAGAUUUUUGACGACGCGAUGGCCGAUGCUUGUAGGGAUGGUGGCUGUUAUCAUUGCUUUCGUUAUAAACGAAGUGAGCCAUGGAUUGGGCAGGUACAUGUCCUUAUUUGGGAUAGGAUUGUCAUUUUGGCUGUUGAUGUCGAUUGUAAUUGUUGGGGAGACGGUGUAGCUGUGGACGGAUCAACGGCUGCCUCCUUACUGUAACUUUAAAAGGGUGACCGGAUCUUGCAUUAUGUACAUUUAAACACAUUAAUCAGAAAAUUUGGGACUUCUUCCUUUCAACCGCACUCAGGCUCAUCUGUGUACCCGCCGCCUCCUUCAGCUGCAUAUUCGUCAAAUUCAAACUCUCCGCGCAAUUCCUGUGUCC